UGGCCAAACACUGAAUUCGAAAAAAAGUAAAAAAAAGUGAAAAAAUUUUCCUGGCCAAACGGGCUCUAAGUAAUGAUGGAUUUAUGGAUGUCUUGAAAAGAAAAUAAUGGUUUUUGUAAUGAUGGAUUUAUGGAUGUCUUGAAAAGAAAAGAAAAAAUUGGAUUUUGUUGUAGAUAAUGAUGCUUAAAAAUAGAGAAGUGGCUCUAUGAAAAAUUCUCAACUUUUUGGUUUGGAUUCUUGAUUCCCAAUUUGUUUGGAGCACUUUUUUCCUUCACUGAUUGAAAUGGCAUCUUUUAUUCCUUGCCUUUUCCUUUUUAACUGCUAAUGUGUACUGUUUCAGAAUAGAAUUUUGUUUUACCAAGAUCUCAGUUUGGACUCUUGAAUUAAGUGAGAAUUUAUUUUAAUACUUUUUUGGAUUAGGCAUCUCAAGAAAUGCUGGAUAGGCUUGUAUUCUCUUCUUUUUCAAUUUGCUUCUCCUUUAUAGUGUCACCUUUAAUGAUGCAGAUUCUUUUUCCUUGUAACAGUUAGUAGCACAUAUUCAUUUUUGCUCAAGGGAGAGCAAUUUCUAUUGCUCAAAACUUUUAACUUUAUCAAAAAGUUUAAACUUUGUGCUAGAGGCCUGAAGAUUUGUGCGCUGUUAUUUCAUCUAAGAAAUAACUAGUGGAGAAAAGAAGGUGAUGGGUUAUACAUGUGAAUUUUGCGGGGAGCAACCAUCAAUUGUCUAUUGCCGGUCUGAUGCAGCUUGCUUGUGUUUGUCGUGUGAUCGAAAUGUCCAUUCUGCAAAUGCCCUGUCGCAACGUCAUUCUCGGACACUUUUAUGUGAAAGAUGUAAUUCGCAACCAGCUAUUUUUAGAUGCCUCGAAGAGAGGAUUUCUCUAUGCCAAAAUUGUGAUUGGAUAGGUCAUGCUAAUUCUAGUUCAGGUCCAACACAUAAGAGACAAGCACUUAGUUGUUAUACUGGGUGUCCUUCCGCGGUAGAGCUCUCUACUAUUUGGUCAUUUCUAUUAGAUAACCCUUCAGUAGGAGACUCGACUUGUGAGCAGGGGAUGAGUUCAAUGAGCAUUACUGAUUGCCGACCUGGAGAUAGCCGAGGUUCUCAAGCAAAGGACAAAUCUCAAGAUAUGUCCGUUGCAGUUGAAGCAAAUGAUUUGAUGCGAUCAUCAAUGCCUAGUCUUGAUAACAAGCUACACAAUGUGGAACCGCCUGUUGGAUCCACAAAUUUAACUUGGUCUAAGGUGUGCAAUUCUGGAACAAAAGGCUCAAAUUUAUUUGAUGAUGAUCCCUUUUAUGAUGAUUUCAAUAUGGAUGAAGUGGACUUGAGUAUUGGAAAUUAUGAAGAGCUAUUUGGUGUUUCUCUUGAUAAUCCUGAUCAGCUGUUUAAGAAUGAAGACAUAGAUGGCUUAUUUGGGAUGAAGGACAUGCCAGUUGCUGAGUCCAGUUGCCAGGGUGACAAUGCUGUCGAGGUGGGGUCAGCAGUGAGAAGGGUAAAUACAGUGCAGCCAGCUUGUAGCAAUGCAGCGUCCGCAGAAUCCAUGAUGAGCAGCAAGACAGAACCUGCCCUUUGCUUUGCGAGGCAACAGUCCAACCUCUCAGUUUCAAACCUCACUGGAGAGAGCAGCGCCGGAGAUUAUCAAGACUGUGGAGCCUCCUCAAUGCUUCUCAUGGGAGAGCCACCGUGGUGUUCCCCAUGUCCUGAAAUUUCAAUGCCAUCAACUAGUCGGAGCGAUGCUGUUUUACGCUACAAGGAAAAGAAGAAGACACGCCAAUUUGAUAAGCGAGUAAGAUAUGCUUCUCGCAAGGCAAGAGCAGAUGUGAGAAGGCGUGUGAAGGGCCGGUUUGUCAAGGCUGGUGAUGCUUAUGACUAUGAUCCACUGAGCGAGACCAGAAGCUAUUGAUUGUAAAAUAUUUUACCAAUACAUACAAGGAGAAAAAAUUGGUUGAGGUUUCAUGCAACUGGAUGAAAGGAUGGUGUAAUUAUUGUUGCAAUGACAAAGAGUAGGUUGUUUCUCAGGGGAUUACAAUGUUGCCAAACAAGGAAGCGGGAUCCAGAAGCAGAUUUCUCUGCCGCUGGUCCUCUUAGCGUCCAACUUCAUCAUCCGAAAGGGGGAAAAAAGGUCGAUGUGCAGUCGUUUUGUCAACCAAGUUAAGAGAGCUGCAGAGAAAGAGCUUAGUCAUUUGUAGACGACAUGAUCUACCAAUCAAGAUUUGCUUUCUCAAUUGUAUUUAUGUUGCAGGCCGACAACACUAGGUUUGGUCUAGCUUGCUUCUGUUCUUACAACUCUAACUAGGUGGAUUUAACACAUUUUAAGUCCACACAGGUUCAGCUGUCGUUUAAGGUCUAAGAACUGAGAUCCCUUGGCUGAUUGUAAUUCUGUCAUGUAUAUUAUAGCCAGUGUAUAGAAGAUAAAGAGAUACAAUGAGCAACACAUUUUAAAUCCCCACAAAUUCAUCUGUCCUUUUAGGUUUAAGGACUGAGAUUAUUCCUUGGCUAUUAUGAAAUACUGUCAUGUAUAUUAUUAGCCAGUGUGUAGAAGAUGAGAAGAUACAAUGAGGUCCCCAUAUGACAGAUGAAUGUACCUUGCUUUGUAAUUUUUUUUCAUUUAUUGUCCUAUGAAAUGUAUAACACAUGGGGGAAUACUGUUCGUAUUGUGGAAGCCAUUUUCUGGUUAUUAUGUAAUAAUCACAGUGAGUAUCUACGACCUUAUUCUUUCUUGAAUAUUGUGAUGGAUUUGCCGCGAAA